GGAGGCUGCAGCUGGACUCAACUGAUACGCGAUUGAAUUGAUUAAUGCCUGAACUUGAACUAGCCGGUGAAUUAGCUUUUCAGAUCUCUUUCUUCUGGCUCGCGGUUCUUCUGGCUUCCUCUUCAGCCUUAUCUGCCAUUGCACUCAUUUCCCGAAGGUCUCAAAGACCUGAAGAAUCAAUUCCUUCACAUAAUGACAUGUUCAUGAACGGAGGGUUUCCUCAGAUCUCCUUCUGAACUCUAGCUGAGCUGUCUAAUCUCACCACAAUGCAUCGCUCCUUAAUGUCUAUUUCAAUCCUCCUACUCACCCUUUUCGCCUCCAAUGCCCUCGCCACCGUCAUCUCCACCUUCAGCGACGACAGCUGCAAGGAUAGCUACAAGGCCUUUAACGGACCAAACGGCUACCCAAAUGGCACCUGCACUCCAUUCCGAUCCAACGGCGCCUUUGGCAGUUUCCAGGUUGCGCAGGAAGAUAGCGGGUGCGGCGUCACAAUCUACGGAAACGAUAGCGACGUCAGCUCCCCAUGCUCGUCGACAACUCUGCAACUAGCGCAAAUCGCGACAUGCUAUAACUCGUCUUGGGUUUAUUUCAGUAUCGAUAAUUGCCAGGCACCGGUAUCGUCGACUGUCGGGGCGUCAUCGACGGCUACAGCACCGGCUACAUCGUCGACGAAUAGCAGCAGCGGAGGAAGCUCAACUAAUGUCGGCGCUAUAGUUGGUGGUGUUGUGGGCGGUGUAGUCGGGCUGGGCUUGAUCGCACUGGCGGGCUGGUUCCUAUGGCUUCGACAGCGACCGCGGCGGGCGAAUGCGAGUCAGUACUGCGAGACAGCUGAUUUCAAAACGGACGAUACCAAGAACGACAGCAGCGGCGGCGGAGCUGUCGCGGUCAGUCCAUUCAAGAAAGUGCACGAAUUACCGCCAGAGUCCGAUAGAAUCGAAAUGUCGUCGAUGGGGGCGUCGACUAAGUACGAGCUAUCGAGUAUAGGGGGCAAUGACGAGGUGGUGCAGAAGCCAAAGUAUUUUGCAGAGCUGCCGGGGCAUGAGGCCGGGCAAUAAGACUUGAUAUGCUAUCGCAUUCUACGUUGGUAUUUGUAGUUUUGUACUGAAUAUGUCACGAUGUGAUGUUACCCUAUUUUGGACUUUAGGAUCAAAGGCAUUCAAUAUUUUCGGUAUGGUUCGCUUCGUUGGGAUAGUUCUAUCUUCUAGAAUGCAGCUGUAGAUCGUGGGGAAUUUACAUCCAGGUAGUUCUCCAUUUAUUGACAUUUGGCCCCUACCUCAAAUCAGCUGCAGUGAUCAUUCGCUGCUGGCGGAGAGAGGACUGAACCCUAACUCGAUUUGGAAUGUCCUCCCGUUCUGCCCUCAAGACACAACGAUCUGUCCCUACAGUGCCAAGGAUGAAUACAUCGAUUAAUCGAUACUCUAGAA